GAGACCUGGAGUGGAGACUGGGAGUCUGGAACUCGACGAUCGAGUGCAUGUUCAAGUGACUCACCUCCAACUCCAAGCGCUGAAACAGCUCAUCACUUGCUGACUGCUCGGUGUUUGUGCCCCACCUGGCAUGGUCGUUGUUGCAGUGAACGUGUGGUUUAUUUCGAAGAUUGUGGUGAAGGCCUCAUUCUCCUGGCUGCUGAAGCUUGAUCAAGAAGCUCUCUUGAGCCAUGGAGCAUCUCAUUCCUGUCAUAAAUAAGCUCCAAGAUGUGUUUCAGACCGUUGGACGUGAGGCUAUCCAGUUGCCACAAAUUGUCGUCAUUGGGGCUCAAAGCAGCGGCAAGAGUUCGGUACUAGAAGGCCUAGUUGGCCGUGACUUUCUUCCCAGAGGUACUGGCAUCGUCACAAGAUGUCCAUUAGUCCUUCAACUUGUAAACAAUCAGUCAGAUGGUUCUACGGGAGAAGAGUCUGAGGAGUGGGCUCAAUUCCUGCAUGACCCAGACACGAAAUAUACCGAUUUCGGUAAAGUGGAAGAGGAAAUUCAGGCUCGGACAAAAGUGGUUGUUGGCGACAAUAAGGGUAUCAGCCACCAGCCUAUCAACUUGAAGGUGUUUUCGCCACAUGUUCUCAACCUGACUCUAGUGGACACACCUGGCAUUACCAAGGUGCCAGUUGGGGACCAGCCAGAAGACAUAGAAGGCUUGAUCUAUGAACUAAUUCUCACUUACAUUAGCAAUCCCAAUGCUAUCAUCUUGGCCGUCAGUCCAGCCAAUAUGGACAUUGCUACGUCCGAGGCGCUCAAGAUUGCCAAAACCGUCGACCCUGAAGGCAAUCGCACACUGGCAGUCAUCACUAAGCUGGAUCUAAUGGAUGCGGGCACGGAUGCUCUGGAUGUGCUUACAGGCCGGGUAAUUCCUAACAAGCUUGGUAUCAUCGGUGUUGUUAAUCGAAGUCAAUUGGACAUCAAGAACAGAAAGGGCAUCAAGGAGGCAACGCAGGCCGAAGCCUUGUUCUUCCAGCGGCGCUACCCUGGCCUAGCUGCAAGGAAUGGCGUUGGCUAUCUGGCGCAGUCACUGAACAAGCUUCUUAUGCAUCACAUUCGCCAGUGCUUGCCCGAGCUACGGACACGUAUCAACAUAAUGGUGUCUCAGUACCAGCAGCUGCUCAACACACUGGGCCAGGCUAUUGAUGACAAGAGUCAAGUCGUUCUUCAAAUCAUCACCAAGUUUGCCUCCACGUACUGCUCUGUGAUUCAGGGAACGUCGCAUGACAUUGAGACUGCAGAGCUGUGUGGCGGCGCACGGAUAUGCUACAUUUUCCACGAGACCUAUGGGAAAACGCUCGAUGCUGUUUCAGCUCUCGAUGGCUUGAGCACCGCAGAUAUCCUCCAUGCUAUCCGCAAUGCAACGGGUCCUCGGUACUCCUUGUUCAUUCCCGAGAUUGCGUUUGAGCUGCUGGUGAAACGGCAAAUCCGGCGUCUGGAGGAUCCCAGCUUACGCUGUGUUGAGCUGGUCUACGAAGAGCUGCAGAGGAUUAUCCAGUACUGCAGUACUCAGAUGCCAGAGCUUAGGCGUUUCACUCACUUCCACGACAAGCUGGUGGACGUUGUCACCCAGUUGCUGCGCAGAUGCUUGUCUCCAACUAACACCAUGGUGGAGAACCUGGUCGCCAUUGAGCUGGCCUACAUCAACACCAACCACCCAGACUUUGCUGGCGGCGCGGCUGUAUUGUCCGAUCUAGUUCGCAAGGAGGACCGUGACUCCAUUCCCCCAGCCUCGUCUGGUGCAGCAUCGUAUCAAGUGCCGACCACGGCUGUAACGGAUCACACCGACUCCUCGUCUCCGACAACGUCCAGCACUAACCACACUGAUGGCGGUGCUGCUGCCGGCGGAGGAAUUUUCGGAUCCCUGUUUGGCAAGCGCUCCGCAGAACCGACGUCGGGUGCGGCCAGCAGCGGAGAGGGACGCCAUUCGAACCACAGCCCCGUGCACCCGGGACUGGACUCACGGUCCAUGAGUACGAAUGUCGACCGAGCAAUGCAUUCUGAUGUACAGUGUGUUCAGCGUCAGGCUGCGAAAGCUGCACUCAAACCCAGGCAACGCAUGGAAUGUGAACUAAUUGAAAACUUGAUAACAUCCUAUUUCUCGAUCGUCCGGAAGACAAUACUCGAUUGUGUACCAAAGACGAUCAUGAACUUCUUGGUCAACCAUGUACAAGACAAUCUGCAGAGUGAACUGGUCAGCAAGCUGUACAAGGCGGAGGAAUUUGAUGAGCUUUUGUCCGAGAGCGAAGAGCUUGCACAGCAGAGGCGAGAAGCAGCGGAGAUGCUGGAGGCUCUGCGUCGUGCCGCACUGGUGGUGAGUGAAAUACGUGAUGCUCAGCUGUGGUAGGAAUUGCUCAGGCCAUGUAGCAGCGGCAUCUAUUUUUUUAAUUUUAUUUCCUUGGCGUACCGCCAUGGCUUCUAGAAGCCCUAGAUCCCGACAACAGCAGUUUGUAUUUGCGAAGCCACCUAUGUGUCUGGCAAGCACUAUUCCACUGUCUCGUCAACUGUGCAAUAUCGCUGUGUGUGUGUGUGUGUAUGAUAAUGCAAGGCUGGGCCACUGCUAAUCAUCUCUGUUUCUUCUCCGUCUUGUCGUCCCUUUAUUAUUUUGAGAGACUGUACAUUGAGCGAGAUCUGGACACUAUUUGCUUGCAUUCCCACUGCCGUUCUGCACACACAUGGCACGUGGCCUCCAGCCAUGCACACUGAUCAGCUCGAACACGCUCAUACCUGGACAUAUUUACCCCCAACAAAGGUAACAAGAGACCGCUGCAUGGACAUACUUUCGAAUUUUUUUCAUCCCACUUCACAGAAUGUCAUGAAACCCUUGCUUUGGUAGCAUAUUUUUUAGUAAUUUUUUUCAUAAUCGUGGCAAGUUUCACGAGUGAGUGAUAACACUCUGGUCAUAAGUCUGCAUGAUUAAGCGCAACGUCCCUCUUUGCAUAGGUGCAGUCAUGCUCUAAUUGUUAUUGUCGCCAUGUCUAUUUUAGUAGAGUACAUGAGGAUGGUUUUGAGUUCUCCCAUCAUAGCGGCCUGCAGGUUUACUUUAGCCAAGCCAUGCUGCCCAGGCUCUCUUCCAAUGGGUAGACAUGUACACCGUAUAGCAUGUCCACCUGCUUUGGACGACGUCACCAACUCCUCUCACAUGCAUCGCCAGUUUGCAUGGCAGAGUACUCGUA